AUGGCUGCAAGGAAGCACAUGGAUGAAAGAGAAAUACAGGAAAUAUUUGCAUGUUCAGCUGAUGAAAAUGAUUCAACUGAUGGAGAUGAUUCGACUGCAGAUGCAGAUUACGAUCCAAAAAAGGUUGCUGACAGCAGCAGCAGCUGUGACGAAGGUUCGGCUAAUACUCGCAAAGAUCAAAUACGUACUGCUAGGGGAAAUCGUGUUAGUGGUUGUCCACUCAAAACUGAAAAAGAACUGAAAACUAGAGGUACCUAUGAUUUUUAUGUAGAGAACAGUCUAAAUGUAGUAUGUUGUCGAUGGAUGGAUACAAAAGCUGUUACUUUGAUGUCUAGUUUUGUAGGGCCUGAUCCAUUAGAUAAAUGUAAGAGAUGGGAUAAAACAUCCAAAGAACAUAAGGAGGUUGAUCGCCCAUCCAUGGUCAAAGAGUAUAACGCACAUAUGGGUGGAGUGGAUAUGUUGGACGCCCAUUUAGCUAGAUGUGAACCAGCACAAGAUCUGCCCGUUGUGAAUAAACAAUUUCCAGCAACACAAAUUGAGGAUGGUAUUCGUCCAACAGGAGUCACCAGACAGUCCGGAAAGCAGUAUAUUAAUAGUCGUGGGAACAUACAGCAAGCAAGAUCACUGAAAAACAAAAAAGAUUGCACCAAGUGCAAAUUCAAGUGCAGUUUACAUAUAACAGAUACCGACCGACUGAAAAUCUUUACAGAAUUCUGGACUUUAGAUGACAUUGAAAAGUUAUAUUUCUUUGGAAAAACUACUGUUCAAGAGGCAACAAAGCAGAACAAAAAGAUGGCAAACCAAGUCGUAAAUGUAAUAGUCUACGCUACGGUUUCUCACUAA